AUGUCCCUGCCCUCGGUGUACGGGGACAAACUGGCCGAGAAGCUGACGCUGCUCAACGAGCGCGGCCGGGGGGUCCUCGUGCGCAUCUACCACAUCAAGAAGACGUGCUCGGACCCCCGCACGAGGCCGCCCUUCCGGGACAAAGCCAUGGAGGCCUCGCUCAAGUUCAUCAACAAGAAGUUCCACCUGGACGUGCGGAGCAGCACCCAGCACCUGGGGCCGGUGCACAGGGACAGAGGGGACAUCGCGCGGGCGCUGGCCCCGUUCUACCACACCUUCCUGGACGUGCUGGAGUUCCGGGACCACGUGUACGAGCUGCUCAACACCAUCGACGCCAGCCAGUGCUUCUUCGACAUCCACAUCAACUACGACCUCACCAAGGGCUACCUGGACCUGGUUGUCACCUACGUGUCCCUCGUGCUGCUGCUGGCGCGCACCGAGGAGCGCCGGCUGCUCAUCGGCACCUACCACUGCGCCCACGAGAUGGCCCACGGCGCCAGCGAUCCCGGCUUCGCCCGCCUGGGGCAGAUGGUGCUGGAGUACGAGCACCCCCUCAAGAAGCUGGUGGAGGAGUUCGGGCCCCACACCAAGGCCGUGAGCAGCGCUCUGCUGUCCCUGCGCUUCCUCUGGGCCAGGAGGGACCGCGACGCGGAGCAGUGGAGGAAGGAGCAGCUCCUGAGCCUGCUGGGGACACCGGGGGACAUGCUGAGCCCCGCCAGCUCCGACAGCAUGGCCUGCGAGUACCUGUCCCUGGAGGUGAUGGAGCGCUGGAUCAUCCUGGGGUUCCUGGUGUGCCCGGGGGCUCUGGGGGGGUCCCCCCCGUGCCAGGAGCUUUGGCGCCGGGCCCUGCAGGGGUCCCUCUUUGUCACCCUGGUGCGCGACGAGGCCAUCGCGGUGCACAAAGUGACGGAGGAGCUGCUGGGGGCAUCAAGGGGGUAUGGGAAGCGCGUGGCCGAUGUGAAGGAGUGCCGGGAAUACGCCCUGGCUCACAGUGGGUCUCUGCACCGGGGCCGCCGCUCCUUCCUGCGCGGGGCCGUGCGGGAGCUGCUGGCGCUGCUGGAGGAUCAGCCCGGGUUGCUCGGCCCCAAGGCCCUGCUGGUGUUCGUGGCGCUGUCGCUGUGUCGCGAUGAGGUCACGUGGCUGUCGCGACACGCCGAGCACGUGACCAAGACCAACCCCGAGGACUUCACUGACAGUCACCUGGCAGAGCUGCUGUUCCUGCUGGAGCAGCUCCGGGCCCUGGUCCGGGCGCACCGGGGGGUGCUCCGGAGGUACCACCUGAAAUACCUGGCGGGCUUCGACGCCCUCGUGCUCAGUGACGUCAUCCAGAACCUGUCCGUGUGUCCCGAGGAGGAGUCCGUGAUCCUCUCGUCCUUCGUCAGCUCCCUCUCGGCUCUGUCUGCCAAGGAAGCCGAUGACAAGGAGCAGUUCGACUUCACCGCCCUGCGCCUCGACUGGUUCCGCCUCCAGGCCUACACCAGCGUGGCCAAGGCCGCUCUCCCGCUGGGCUCCAACCCCGACGUGGGCCGUGCCAUGAACCUCGUGGUGUUCCACACCCGCCUGCUGGACAGCCCUGAGGAGCUGCUGGAUGAGACCUCCGACCUGUCCCAGCUCUGUUUUUUCCCCCGUUCCGUGGACAGGAUGUUCUCCCUGGCGCUGGAGGAGCCGCCCAUGCUGCGCUUCAGCAUCGCCUUCCCCCUGCUCUGCUCCCACUUCCCACGCUGCCUGCACCCCCUGUGCCCCGAGGAGUACCCCCAGUUGCAGGCGGUGGCCCUGGCCCAGUGUCACCAGUUCCUGGAGGAGCUGGCCAAACUGGGCAGCUCCUGUGUCCUGGACGCCUGUGCCGAGCAGCACAACCUCAGCCAGCAGCUGCUGCCCAAACACUGCGCCGCCACCAUCAGCAGAGCCCGCGGGAAGAAGACCCCAAAACAGCCCCCCAAAAAGGGGGAGCCCGAGAGGGACAAACCGGGCACGGAGAGCCAGAGGAGGGACAGGACCCUCACCACCAACCUGGACAAGCUGCAGGUGACCCUGUCCGAGCUGUCCCUGAGCCUCAACCACGUCCCCACCAUCACCGUGUUCGGGCACACCCUGAGCCCGGCCGAGUACCUGAGCAGCCACCUGGAGACCCGGCUCACCAGGGCCAUCGUGGCCAUGGCCGGGCACAGCCCUGGCUCUCAGCAGCUGUGCCGUCCCUCCGAGGUGCUCGUGGGGCUCGGGGCCUACGCGGGGCUCGUGCAGCGCCUGGGGCGGCUCGUGGGGCUCGACACGGCCCGGCUGCUGCGGGGGGUGCUGCUGCAGCAGAGCCAGCCCCGGGACGGAGCGGGACAGCCCACCCUGACGGCCAUCUACACCGACUGGUACCUGGAGUCCCUGCUGCGCGUGCCAGUCGGUUCCAUCGUGGUGGCCCCGGCCCUGCAGGCGUUCAGCACCGUGCCCUGCGAGGAGCAGCCGCCCUUCAGCGCCGCUGAGUUCUCUGACGUCUCAGAGAUGCGGGCGCUGGCCGAGCUCAUCGGGCCCUACGGGAUGAGGUUCCUGAGUGACAACCUGAUGUGGCACGUGGGGUCCCAGGUGACAGAGCUGAAGAAACUGGUGGCAGAGAACAUGGACACGCUGGUGCAGCUGCGCUGCUGCAGGGCCGAGCAGAGAGCGGGGCUGGUGACACGGCUGAGCUCGGCCGAGAACGUGCUGAAGCGCAUGACGAUCAUCGGGGAGAUCCUGACCUUCCGCGCCAUGGCCCAGCAGGGCCUGCGCCAGGUGUUCUCCCAGCGCUGCCCCUUCCUGAUGGGCCCCAUCGAGGGUCUCACCGACAUCGUCACCCCCGACACCGACAUCCAGGUCACCCUGAGCAUCUUCGAGGUGGCCUCGGCCGCCGGGAUCCCCUGCGAGGUCGACCCCGCUCUGGUCAACGUGCUGGGGGGGGCCCGGAUGGAGGGCUCGUCCCCAGAGGAGGAUUACAAGGUGUCCUGCCUGCUCCUGGUGUUCGUGGCCGUGUCCCUGCCCCUCAUGGCCACCGACCCCGCCGCCCUCUACAACCCUGAGCUGGACGGGUACAACAACAACCUGCACUGCCUGGCCAAGGCCGUGGUCCAGGUCUCGGCCGCCCUGUUCACCCUCCACAACAAGAACAUCGAGAGCCACCUCAAGGAGUUCCUACUGUUGGCCUCCUCGAGCCUCCUGCAGCUGGGCCAGGAGCCCGACAAGGGCAGGGUGAGGAACCGCGACUCCAUCGCCCUCCUGCUGCAGAUGAUCGUGGCCGAGUCGUCCUUCCUGACGCUGGACAUGUUGGAGAGCUGCUUCCCCUACGUCCUGCUGCGCAACGCCUACCGCGAGUGUGCCGGGAGGAGCCUGCCCAGGGCCCCCCGCACUGAGAGACCCCUCCCAGAGCCUGCCGACCCCCUCAGACCCCCCGCACUGAGAGACCCCCAGAGCCCGCUGACCCCCUCUCAGACCCUACCCCCUGCACUGAGAGCCCCCAGAGCCCGCUGA